AGAAUACUCAUAGGCCUUUUGAACUUAACUUUUUAAAUUAUUAUUCCAAUGGACUCAAACACUUCUAGCUUUAUUUUGAACUCUUCAAAUUUUCACUCAGUUUUCUACCAGGAAAAACAGGAUCAUGAUGGCAUAAUUGAUCUUGGUCUUAGUCUUGGAACUGUUCAACAUGAUGCUUAUCAUUCUUCUACUAACUUGUAUGAUGAUGACCUUAUGGAUUGGCCUAAUGUGAAGAAUUCAAGCACAACACAUUCUAGAUCUGUCCAUGAAAACUUUGAUGAAGAGAUAGAGGGUGUCCAGAGCAAUGAGAGAUGGGCUUAUGUGAAGGUUAACAUGGAUGGGGUCUCCAUUGGUAGGAAAAUUUGUAUUCUUGACCAUGGAGGUUACUCAAGUCUAGCUAUUCAAUUGGAAGACAUGUUUGGUAGCCAGUCACUUUCUGGUACAAGAUUGUUUCAAUCUGGAUCAGAGUAUUCAUUAUUCUACAAGGACAGAGAAGACAAUUGGAGGGCUGUUGGUGAUGUCCCUUGGAAGGAGUUUGUAGAAUGUGUGAAAAGGUUAAGGAUUGCAAGAAAGAAUGCAGACUAUAGUGUUAACAUUUCAUGUUAUAAAUAAAAUUUAAUUGUUUUUAUGACUUUAUGUUGAGUAAUGAUUAAUGAAUCUAAGGACUUUGAUGCUUCGUCAUUUGGAUGACUUUGUUACUUUCAA